CUCUAGAUAGCUGCGUGCCCCAUCCGCCAUCCGCCAUGGCCGAGAUCAACAAUGACGCCGCAGAGGAAGGAGACGGGCAGCUCCUGUCCACGCUCCCGAAGAAGGAAGGGAUGUGGAAGCCAUUCUUCCUCUACCGAGGCUGCUGGCUCACACCCCGGACCGUGACGAGCAUCACGCUCCUGCAGUCCCAGUUCGCCCCGCGCCCCGACGACGUCGUCCUCGCCACCUUCCCCAAGUGCGGCACCACCUGGCUCAAGGCGCUCGCCUUCGCCGUCGCCAACCGCUCCCGACACCCCGCCGGCUCCGGCGCCCACCCGCAGGACCUCGUGCCGUCCCUCGAGGUGCCCCACCGCGACGUCCACCCGGUCGCCGGCCUCGACAAGCUCCCCUCCCCGAGGCUCCUCUCCACCCACAUGCCGCCGUCGCUGCUGCCCCCGGGCAUCUCGGCCCUCGGCUGCCGCGUCGUGUACCUGUGCCGGGAGCCCAAGGACGUGUUCGUCUCCAGCUGGCACUACAUGAACAGGGUGAGCGCCGACUUCUCCCCCGACAUGGACGCCACCUUCGAGCUCUUCUGCGAGGGGUUCUCCCUGUACGGCCCUCUCUGGGAUCACGUCCGCGGGUACUGGGAGCAGAGCGUGGCGGAGCCCGACAGGGUUCUCUUCCUCAAGUACGACGACAUGAUGGCCGACGCAGGUAAGCACCUCAAGAUGCUCGCCGAGUUCCUCCGCGCCCCGUUCACUGACGAGGAGGUCAGCGGCGGGGCCGUGGAGGACGUCGUGGCCCUGUGUAGCUUCGAGAAUCUGAAGAGCCUGCCGGUCAACUCCUCAGGAGUGUCCGAUCGGAUCGGUGGCUUGCCCAUGGAGAAUUCGUCCUACUUCCGGGCUGGGAAGGUGGGAGACUGGAAGACACACUUGACUGAGGAGAUGGCAAAGAAGCUGGACUGCAUCGUUGAAGAGAAGCUGAGAGGUUCUGGUCUCACCUUCUGACGUGUGAUUGCGUCUCUUUAAUUUGAUGGCCACAGAGGUCUUCUACUGCAGAGCUGAAUUACAUACUCGCAUGAACAUGUAUCCGUGUUCAAAUUCGACGAUGCGAUGCAUAAAUAAGUUGUUAAUGAAUGAUACGCACACUUACGUGUAUUUGAGAAAUUUUUUUGCAUAAAUCAGUUGUUGCCGUGUGUUUGUUUAUGCUACUUGAGAAGAGUUCAUGGAAGUGAAAA